AUCAGAGAUAAUCCCUGUUAACUGGUACCUAACUGGGACAAACUCAAAGUGGAAAAACUAUUAGGGUCAGCUACCGACUAUCCACAGAGGCUCAGGGAUAUGUUUCUAGUUGGUAACCGAGAACGCAAUUAUGCAAAGCCUCUUCUAUAAACAGAUUUCAGUUUAUUAUGACAUAACUCAGGAUCUAUUUUUGUCGCCACUUCGUACAAAUGCAUUACCCUUGUGAUUUCUAAUCAGGUCAUGCAAUGUCAGACACUUUUGGCUCAGGCUGCUCAGAAAACUUCCAGAUUCUCCUCUUCCUAACUUACCCCCAUGCUGCCCCCCCUCAGUUUUUGGACAGUGAGGACAAGGGGGCUCGUGUCUGCAUUCUAUUCUGGUAGCUGUGAGUUAUGGUGAUAUCACGUAAACCAAAGGGCUCAGAAAUGCAGGUCAAAUUAAACCAGUGACUAAUCAUGGUAUUUUAGUUGUCUUUCUGCCCCUGGGAAAAAGAUUUAUAUGUUCAUGAAGUCCUCUUGCUCUAAUCCCUGUAUGCUGAUUUGCUCUGCAGUGCAGACUUCCUAACAGAGUGAUGAAAGAUCACCAAAAGUGGUUUGUUGUCCCAGGAGCUGUGAGAUCUAAACUUAUCUAAGUCUGAAAUACAAACGGGGCUCAAGCUGCAGCAAAAGUGCUCCUCCGUGUUGUCCCUCAUUUGUUUCUACUCAGAGCCAUGAUCCGUCAGCCACAGAGGAUAUAUUUGGUCAGCAUGCAGAGAAAGAAGGGCCGAGAAAGACAUCUGAGCAGACACAAAGUGCCAUUUGUUGAGAUUGUUAUCUAGCUCCCACAUCUGUCACCUGGUGGCCAGCCAAACAAUGGCUCCCCACAGCCGUGGACCAUCCAGCCUCAUGGAAAAUGGAAGCAAGAAAAGUAAGCACCUCAAGGCUGUUAUGAGACUCAGCUGUUUUCUCUUUGAAAUAAGGCAUUUACUUCACUGCAAGUGUAUUAACUAGCCCUCCAGCUGGAGAAAGCAUCCGUUUUCUUACUUGGACUUUUCUUUGACAGUUGGAGAAUCUAUAAGGCAUUCUUACAAGGAAACCUAGGUGCUGAUUCAUGCAGUUGUUUUGAUACCUCAUUGUGCUUUAAUUAUUUGGACAAAAGCACUGUAUUAUGCACAAUGAGCUACUUCCUGUCCUAUUGCAAAUCACAUUGCAGUACUGUGCUCUCUCGUUACCAAACCCUCAGAUCAGAAGGUUUGAUGUGUGAUAUUUUACUGAAGGUGAAGGAAAACGAGUUCCCUGCACACAAGUCCCUGCUGGCCUGCUCCAGUGAUUAUUUCCGGGCUAUGUUCAAAAGCUACACCAAAGAAUCCAAAGCCAGUGUAAUUCACCUGCAAGUGAUCUCGUCCAUGGGUCUCCAGCAUAUUCUAGAUUUCAUCUACACCUCCUGGUUACCCCUUUCUUUUGAGAGCCUGGAGGAUACUUUGGAAGCUGCCAGUUAUCUACAAGUGACUGAGGCUAUUGGCCUGUGCAACCAGUACAUAGUUAACAAUCUCACCCUGGAAAACUGCUGUUUUUCUGCCAAUGUUGCUACAAAGUUCUACCUUCCGGAUGCUUUAGCAGCAACAGAAAAAUACAUCAUCAGUAAUCUCUGGAGACUGCUGGACCUGGAUUUCACAGGGUUGCUUGAGCUUAACUUCAGAUCUUUGAUGGCAGUGGUAGAAUCUGAUGUCCCUAAGGUGAAUGAAUCCUGCCUGUUGAAUCUGGUGAUGAUGUGGCUGAAGCAUGAUAAGUCCAGGCUGACUCUCAGAAGCAGCCUCUUAGAACAGAUAAGAUAUGGUCUUAUUCCUGUAGAAGAUUUGCGAAAGGUCUACACUCAGUCAGAAGUGCCUCUCCCAGCGAGUGUCAAAUGCUUGAUCAUAAAAGCAAUAAACUAUCACUCAUUUGUUUUCAAGCAACCCCUCCUACAGGACAAAUCCACCACACUGAGGAACCAGAAAACACAGAUCAUCCUCCUAGGUGGAGGAACCGCCAAUGAAGGGCUUAUAAGUGAUGUAGUGGCCUUUGAUGUUUAUAAUCACAAAUGGAGAACUCUAACGCAGGUGCAGGACAGAUUACAGUAUCAUAACAUAUGUGUGAUUGGGAACUUCCUGUAUGUGCUGGGUGGGGAAACAGAAGGAAAAAGUUCACAAAGUGAAACUAAAACUGACCCCAGCUUCUCUGUUACCAGUGGGGUCCAUCGUUACGAUCCAAGAUUUAACAAAUGGACACAAAUCACAGGAAUGCUGGAAAAAAGAUGUCAGUUUUCUUGCUGUGUCCUAGGCAACAACAUCUUUGCUAUUGGUGGAAGAGGUGAGAAUGGAUCACUACAUUCCUCUGUGGAGGUCUACAAUAUCACCAGGGACAGAUGGACGAAGGUUGUGGAAUUGCCAUGCAAGAUACAUGGGCAUGCUAGCACAGUCUGCAAGAACACCAUAUACCUCUCAGGUGGCAAAUCCAUGGAACAAACAAACACAAGUAAAGAUGUCUACUCUCUUACCACCGUAGAAGGGCAGUGGACGAAGCAAGCUCCUAUGACCAUUGCCCGGUUUGGACAUCAGAUGGCAACAAUCAGAGAUGCCAUCUUCACAUUUUUAGGACUAUAUGAACCAUUCUCCGAAAUAGAAAGGUAUGAUCCUAGCCAAAACCAGUGGACUCGGCUAAGGCCUUUGGUCUAUGAUCGCUUUUGCUAUGGCCUAGCAGUGGUAGAGGAGACCGCGCUUCUUAUUGGGGGGAAAAAAUGGCAGGACUCGCAGGAAGUCCCAACCCAAGAUGUGGUGGGUUAUGAUAUUGACAAUGAUUGCUGGGAAGAAAUUUGCAAACUUCCCUUGCCUUGGUAUGGACUGCAGUGUGCAGUGCUGCAACUCUCAGAAUCAGCAGCAGCUAAGGGGGACACCAAAGAGCAAAGAAGCCAAACUGCUGAGUUAACACUUCAUUGAAUAAUCAUCCUCAAAGAUAAGACAAAAGAGCAGCCCUGGAGAAAAAAAGAAAAUUGCAGUGGCACUAAAUGCAACAGAGAUUAACUUUUGCUUUAAUAAGCAACACAUACAAUGGAUAUAGACAGGGAAAUCUCUCAUUAGCAUGGGAAAAUGUGCCAUGAUUUAUACAGUGAAAAACAAGAUUUGCUGAGGACAGAUGCGGGAAGUAGCACAUUCUGAAAAGAAUCAGCAAAGGAAUUCCUAAUGCUGUAUUUCCUUGGAUGACUAUUACCUAGAUAGCAGUUAACAGCUGCCUAAAGUCAGAUUUUUCAAAGGUUAAAAAUAUAAUCCUUCUUUUUUAAUUAAAGGUAAUUUUCCCAGCUGGUAAGUGGUAUUGUGUUUUAUGCUAUAGCUAAGCAAAAUGAAAGUGAAAUGUAUAAAGACCAGAAAAUUGUUGCCUACAAGAGCUAUAAUAAGUAGCAUCCAGAGGAUGGUAUUAUUUGAGUUUCUAGCUAGGUGAGAGGGCCUUAGCUAAACAACAUGAAAUUACUGUAUGGAGAGCAGGGAUUGUGCAAAAUGUAGCCUUAAUUAUGGUUACACACUAAAACAUUGAUUGUUUGAUGUAAGUACUGAACUGAGAGGGGAAGCAACCUCUCUGUGAAAUAGCUUUUGUUGUGGCAUGUGCUUCAGGUGGUUUUUUUUAAAGCAUACUCUGUACUGGCACAGUACAUAUUUGUUGUAUCAAAACCCUGUGUUAGCUUAGGCAGCCAGUGCUGAAUAGGUAUAAUUAUUAUAAAAGUUUCAGUAGAAAAUGCAACAAUAGCUGCUACAUCCAGCUACCUAAGUAAGUACAUCCUGUGUACCAUGUUCUAUGAAAUCAUGAUCAUGCUGGUAAAAUUGUUUUAAAUGUUGAACCAGUAUAUAAAAGUAACGUAGUAAUAAAAGCUUUGCUUUUAUCCAGAAGUACAAAGGAAAGGAAGUUAAUAUGAAUCUUUUGAAAUUCUAAAUGAAAUGCCUGGCUACACCCAAGACAAUAACAGCUCUGCUUCUUGUUUGCAAUGAUAAGAUAUGUAUAAGGAAUAGCUUGUGAGGUGACUUUUAAGGCAUAAUGACUUGUGAUCUGCAGUUAUGCAGCUAGAUACCCAAGUAUGAAAUCCGAAUUGAGUAAAUUAAUAUGUAAUCAUAUAUAUUUGUUUAAAAGCUAAAUUUAUUUUGCUUCAUUUUACAGUGUUCCCUUUCUAGGCUGAAAGUUGAUACAGUAAAAAUAUACAUAUAGAAGAACAUGUUAUGUUCUUGUAAAAGAAGGCAGCACGAUGAAGGGGACAAAUGUUCUCUGUCAUGCCACACUAUCUUAAAAACCUGUAAUGUUUAAUUUUCACCUUUAAAGCAAACAAGCUGACUUUACUUUAGUAAAGUGCAGGCAGAAUAGCUGUUGCAUAGCAACAGAUCUAAGUCUUCUCAACUGCCUUGGUUUUGACAAGGAAUCAACUCCACAAUGUGCAUAUACAUCCAUCAGAUAUAAAGAAUUUUUAUAUGAAUAUAUUUACUUUUGGUCCAGUAAAACAACAAUGAGAGAGUCUAAAUGCUUGGAACAAUCAGCACAAUUCAUUUUAGGUCAAGCAUUUUCUUUUGUAUGAGAAAUACAAAAACCUCACCAAUUUAAUAUACAAGUCAGUAUCCAUGCAGUAAAUAAAUGUCCAGUUUAUACAAAGAUUCACCUAAAUGAUACAAAUAUUACACUGGCUCAAGAAUUCUAUACAAAUGUUAAUAUGUGAUUCAUUGUCCAUAUUGACUUGAAUAUAGGAUUAUUUAAAAUGGGCUGCAGAAAGGCCACUCUGCUGUACAAUUGUGCAAAUUCUGCAAAAUAGUUGCAAUCCAAAAUGCAAAUAAAACAAAACAGAAGAAAACAAAUAAACAAAGACACACCCCUGCAGUCUUCCCUUUAUUCCUACAGCAAAGAUAACCAUCAGUAAAUAUCAGAGCUGUUAAAUACAUUCACUGAGCUGUACAGACAAUAGUCUAAAGCUGGUGAAGGGUACAGCUCAUAGUAAAGAGCAGUAAACAAGGCUUUUCCCUUUCUCCAAAUCAUUCCAUGGCUCCUAACUUAUGCAGCAAAACACUAAAAGAAGCAGCACAAAUAUUUUGCCAUGCUCUGAUCACUUUUCAAAAACAAGCCAAUGAAGGAUAAAUACGUGAUUUACCUCCUACCUUCCCUUUUCCAGUUGCAUGCAUGAGCCCAGCUAACCACUCCACUCCUGUUCCCUGUGCCUCAAGUCUUAUAAGUUGUAAGUUUAAAAUAUAUGUAUUGGUUUGUGAACUUAAAGAACCUGGAGAUAUCUUUUCCCAAUCAAAAGCAAAAAUAAAGCUCUUUAGUUCUCAGUAUUUUUUCAAAUGAUGCAUUUGACCUUGCUAACUCUAUGAUUUUUUCCUGCACUGAAAAUGGCCAAAUUUCACAUCAGAAAAUAAAUAUAAAGCUAGUUAAAAAAUGUGAUUAUUUUUUUCUUUCAAAGUUACAUCUCAGAUUCAAAUCAUUAAGUUGGAAUCUCCUUCUUUAGCUGCUUAAUUGGGUGACUAAAACA